AUGUUCACAAUGCGGGUGUUGUCGAUGAUGAGGAUUCCAUUAGUCCUAGCGUGGUUGAUAGUGGUGUUAGCAAGUGACAAUGUGAAUGAGGAACACCAUGAUGAAUUUAAUGUUCGAUCAAUGGAAGUGAUGCUAAUUGACGUGCGAAAUGUCAUUCGAUCAAGCCUACAGAAAUGCAUAGCUAAUUGGGAUAACUCCUUAGAAAGCUUUUUUUACGAUCGACUUAUAGAAAAUUAUUGGAAACUGGAUGAGGAAGACGAAAUCGUAGAUGGACUUGAUGCGUUUUUAAAUCAAAACCAAAUUCAUCAACUUCGUCAUUUGCACGAACACGGCGAUAGUGAUGCUAUUGAAAAAGCAGUAAGAUUGCCACUGAGUCGAAAAACAGCUCUUAUCGAUGAAUUUCUCGGAUACAAAUUGAAGCGAAUUCGACGCGACACUGCAACCUCUCAACAACAAAUAGUUGAUUUCGAGGAAGAGGUACUGGAGCCGGAAGAACUCGAACCAGAGUUGCUGGCUUGGCAGACUCUCAGACAUAAGAAUCUGAUUAGUCAAAUGAUAACUGGUAAGGCGAGUAAAUGGGAAGUAAUGAACGAGAUUGGUGAUCAGUUCUACCACUUACGGAAAGAAGUUCGAGCUCGAUACAAAACAAACUUGCAAAACUAUUGUGAACGAAACCUGAAGAAUGUGAUUGGUGAAGAGAAUUUCAACGUAAUUCGAGGAAUGUAUCUGGAUACCGUUCCAAUGGACCAAAUAGAAACCAAAUUUAAUGAACUUGUAGCUGAACUACCGGAUGAGCGGGAACGUCUGCUAUCAGAUCAUUAUGCGGUGUUUUGCCGAAAGAUCUUCCGACUUGUUCCUUUUGAACCGACGGACUUGACCACUUGGCUGACGUCAUCUCAAAAAAUGGCACUUGGCGAAAUGAUUCAGGACCCAAACGUAAAGGAUGCGCAGAUUUAUGAUAAGAUGUAUGAAUUCUAUAAGAACGCGACUGGAGAGCAAAAGGAGGAGGCUAGUGAUAUAAUCGAGGCAGGAUGCCGACACUUCAUUGCACAUAUGUUUGGCGAUGACAACGCUGAGGAACUGGAAGAGCUAAGAGAAUCAGGUGUGAUGUCGAAGCAGAAACUUGCCGCGAAAUUAGCGACGCAUGUUAGUGAGGUGUCUAAUGCGUUAGAUCGGAAAAGGGCUGAGAGUUCCUUAUCCAUCUGCAGCCGCAUCUAUCUGGGAUACGACGGUUCGUGCGAAUGUAAUGGCCAUGCGUCUGUUUGUGACAGUUUUCGGCACUAUUGCCUGAACUGCACAGGCAACACUUACGGGAUUCAGUGUGAAAUGUGUAUGGAAUCUUUCUCUGGUAAUCCGCUAGGUGGCGGUGAAUGUACUCCAAUCGAAGCCGAAGAAACUUCAUGUAAUUGCAACAAUCACUCGGACGUAUGCGACACUGAGGGAAAAUGCCAGUUAUGUCUUCACAACACUACCGGUGACCAUUGUGAAGGUUGUGCCGCCGGGUUUUACGGUGACGCGAAAAAUGGCUCACGAGACGAUUGUACCAGAUGUCCUUGCCCAGAUGGUGGCGAUUGCUUCGUAAACGAACAGAAUCUUGUGGAGUGCAAUGAAUGUCCGACUGGAAAACAUGGAAUUAUCUGCGAAGAGGAAGGAGCAGCACAGAAAACUGUGGAGAAGGCAAGAGAAGAAGUAGAGGAAGGCAAGGAGGAACCGAGGAAGAAAGCGAAACCUAACAAAGAAAUCAGUGAGAAACGCGAAAGCACUGAAAACUAUCUUUCACACAGCAACAUGACUAAUCAAACAAUAAGCGUUGACGGUGAUGGAUAG